UCUAAGUGGCUGGACUUUGUCCUUGGGGGGGCGCAUUGGAAACGGUGUGGUAAUCACUGGCAUGUCUGGAGGAAGGACACAGGAGACAUCCGUUUUUGUGCUUAGGUCUGCAUUCAGCUUACAGAUGAGUGUAGGCACACACACAUAAACUGAAACCCUGGGACUUGGAUCAACGCACUGUUACUCUUGGGAAAGCCUGUGUGUGCAUUGACCGAGGGAAGUCAAGCGCUUGCAAAUUCUCUGGCUCAGCCGGAGAUGCAUACAUUCACCCUCUCCCUGUGAAAAGACACGCUCGCAGGCACACUUCCACAUGCCAGAGCAUCCGAGCACAGGAGAAAGAAGAGGCAGUGACGGAGCUUUCACACAGCAUUGCACAGAGCCUGAGCCCUCCGUGAGCGGCUUCCUGUCUGUGGUUACUCACUCUUGGAAAAGAGGACGAGGGCAGAGACACCUCCAUUCUCAACAGCCUCUGUCCUACUAACGCACACAGAGGGGGGGUUGCCGGAAUGUCAGGAAAAAGUAACCAUGGAAACCAAUCAGCCCAGUAUAAUGGAGUCCAGACACACAGGUCAUCUCUUCCAGCACCCAUGUUCUCCAGGAAUGAUGUGAGCGUGUGGAGUAUCCUGAAAAAAUGCAUUGGCAUGGAGUUAUCAAAGAUUGCCAUGCCUGUGGUACUUAAUGAGCCCCUGAGUUUCCUCCAGCGGCUGGCAGAAUACAUGGAGCACACCUAUCUCAUCCACCAGGCAAAUACUGCUGCAGACUCUGUUGAAAGGAUGAAGUGCAUUGCAGCAUUUGCUGUGUCGGCUGUAGCAUCGCAAUGGGAGAGGACAGGGAAGCCCUUCAACCCGCUACUGGGGGAGACGUAUGAACUGAUCAGAGAUGAUUUGGGCUUCAGGUGGGUGUCGGAACAAGUCAGCCACCACCCUCCGAUCAGUGCCUUUCACGCCGAAGGCCUCCGGGAGGACUUUGUCUUCCAUGGCUCCAUAUAUCCCAAACUCAAGUGCUGGGGGAAGAGCAUCGAAGCCGAGCCAAAGGGAACUAUCACACUGGAGCUUCCCAAAUAUAACGAAGCCUACACUUGGACAAACCCCACCUGUUGUGUACACAACAUCAUUGUCGGUCAGCUUUGGAUCGAGCAAUAUGGCAACGUGGAAGUGAUCAAUCAUAAAACCGGCGAGAGAUGUAGCAUGACAUUCAAACCCUGUGGCCUCUUUGGAAAAGAGCUCCAUAAAGUUGAGGGUUACAUCCUUGAUAAAAACAAAAAAAAGCUUUGUGCUAUUUACGGCAAAUGGACUGAAUGCCUCUAUAUUGUUGAUCCUGCAACUUUCGAUGCCUACAAAAAGACAGAUAAAAAGAAUUCAGAAGAAAAAAAGAGCAACAAAGAGUCUCGCAACAGCGUUGACGAGGAGCCAGAGGAGAUGCCUCCACCUGAUGCAGAGACGGUGCAGGUCAUCCCCGGCAGCGAGCUCAUCUGGAGGAUAACGCCUCGACCAGAAAAUUCCGCAAAGUUCUAUGCAUUCUCCACCUUCACCAUGCAACUAAAUUAUCUGGAAAAGACCAUGGAGGGGGUCCUUCCUUCCACAGACAGUCGCCUCAGACCUGACAUCCGUGCCAUGGAGAAUGGAGAUAUAGAUCUUGCGAGUGCAGAGAAGAAGAGACUUGAAGAAAAACAACGGGCGGCCAGAAAAAAUCGGUCCAAAUCAACAGAGGAAUGGAAAAUCAGGUGGUUUCAGCAAGGACCCAACCCACACAACAAAGCUCAGGACUGGCUCUACUUGAAAGGAUAUUGGGACAGGAAUUACAGUCAGCUGCCUGAUAUCUAUUAAAACAAAAACAUGCACAUAUGCAUUUGGAUUUCUGUCUGUUCCACCUCUGGACUCCAUUUUCUGCUCUGGGAAUUCCACUCACAAUAUUUGCAACAGCAUAAAGGAGUCUGCAUAGAACAGUGGUGUGUGGGGGGUUCAGUUUUAAGAAAAACAUGCUGAGCAAUGCAGUAACACACUGUUUGAACCAAGAGGCAUAUGAUUUAUCUCUGAACAAUAAAGCACAAUUCACAUUGUUUGUUAAUACUUAUGUAGUGUAUUAGCAUGUAGUGAAAAAACUAGAAUGUAUUGGAUAUGUUCCACAUUAGGUGGAGUGCUUAAACAGCAACCUCAGAUUAAUUGUUGUCAUUUAGCCCCUCCGUCAUGACAACAUUAGACUCAUCAGUGUCAGACUAGUGAUUAAUAUAGUUUUAAUACUGUUGCAUGAAUACUAUCAUGCAAUUCACAGUUUUAAAAUGGAACAUUUGGGUAUUUUUGCCUUUUGCUUUCACAAAGUGGUGUAAUUUUUUAAUAUUUAAUGGAAUGUGUUAGAAAUAUAUUUGAUGGCUUCUUUGAAAGACCACUAUCUUUGAUUGUAAAUCUAUGUCAAAUUUCUGCUAAGACAUCUGCUAGAUUGGAUCUGAUAAGUGCUGUCAAAUACCAUGGCAGUUAGAUAGUAAAAAUAUUUAGAAUUAAGCUAUUUAACUAUGUGUUGUAUAGAUAUGAAUAUGGAUUAACAGUCUUUCAAAUCAGGUCAAGAAUUUUUUCUCACUAUACUAAUGCAGAGAAACUGGUCCUGCACUAAUAGAUUUGCGUGUGUGUGUGUAUGUGAAGUUUUUGCCAUAGAUCAUAUAUUUAUAUUCUUAGUGCUAAGUGCAUUGAUUUAUUUUAAAUUCAUCUAUCAAGAUAAGUGCAUGUGUGUAGCUAAAACUAUGCAAGCCUUACCUCCCACAAUCUAGCACUGAACAUUGUUUUUCAUGUUACCGAUAGCUGCUACAUGUAUACUGUAUGUUUUAGUUGUGUUUUUUCUGAUCUCUCUCUUUUGGGUAUCAAAACAGAAUUUCUAUUGUUGCUAAAUAAAAGCUUAAUGUUUAAGAUUUUCUUUCUAAGUUUACUAUUUUUUUAGAAGUUGUG